AUGUCUGUUUAUAUUGUCAUAAUAACUGUCAUUGUGGCAUCACUGUCAUUUCUCUUUGUUAAACAUGUACAACGAUCCAAGAAACCUCCCUUGCCACCUGGUCCCAAGGGUCUGCCCUUCUUGGGUAACAUACGAGACCUCCCGCCACCCGGCACACUAGAAUGGCCUCAUUGGCAGAGCCACAAAGAGAAAUACGGCCCGAUCACUUCAGUCACUGUGCUUGGACAGCAUUUUGUUAUUUUGCAUGACAGACAGGUCAUCACGGAUCUUCUCGAGACGCGGGCCAUGAAAAGUGCCUCACGGCCCAAGCUCGUCUUUGCUGGCGAUAUCGUUGGGUAUGAUGGGGUUAUGGGCUUGAUGCCGUACAAUCGAACUUUUCGCACGCAUCGCAAACUCACAGCUACCCAAGUCAGCCCCAAAUCCAUCACCCGAUUCGAGCCCAUUCAAGAACUAGAGAUUCUCAAGCUAUUAAAGAGACUACACCAGGACCCCAACAGUGAGAAUCUUCCAGACCACUUGAACCAAUUAUCCGGCUCCAUCAUGCUCCGCAUUCUGUACAACUACGAGACAGACCCCAGCAAGAGCGAUCACAUCGUCACAAUGGCUAAUCUCGUGAUGGAAGAGUUCUCCCAGGCCACGACUCCAGGUGCAUGGAUGGUGGACUUCAUCCCAUGGCUCCGACACAUUCCAGACUGGAUGCCAGGCGCUGGGUUCAAGAAGACCGCCAAACUCUUCAGGCAGCAUCUCUUGCAAAACGUCCAGGAUCCGUACCAAUACGUCAAGGAUCAGAUGGCUAAUGGUAAGGAUAAUGUUUCCUACGUUGCAGGUCUCAUAAAGGACAUUCACCGCAAGAUCGAUGCCGAGGAAGAAAGCGUCAUUGCAUGGACUGCAGCUUCGAUGAUGAACGCAGGAACCGACACCUCCGGCGCAACACUCCUCGCCUUCUUCGCAGCCAUGCUUCUCAACCCCAACGUCCAAAAGAAAGCCCAAGAAGAAAUCGACAACAUCAUAGGAGACUCUCGCAUCCCCUCCUUCGCCGACAAGCCAAACCUUCCUUACAUCAGCGCCAUAGCCCAAGAAGUCCUCCGCUGGCACACCCUCGCUCCAAUGGGUUUCCCGCAUAUGACGACUGAAGACGAUACAUACCGCGGGUACUUCAUCCCCAAGAACACUCUUCUCUUCCCAGCUGCAGCGUCUCUCACACACGAUCCUGAAGUCUAUCAUGAUCCGAUGGAGUUCAAGCCUGAACGGUAUUUUGAGCCGUAUAACGAACCUUCACCGUCGGAUCUUGUGUUUGGCUUUGGGAGGAGAGCGUGUCCGGGGCGGUGGAUCGCUGAGCAGACUUUGUUUUUGAGUUUUGCGCAGACAUUGGCGGUUUUUGAGAUUAAGAAAGAGACGGAUGGUGAGGGGAAUGAGAUUGAUGUUGGCUAUGAGCAGUUGCCGGGUGUCAUUUCUCGUGUCAAGCCAUUUCCGCAUAGAAUUGUGCUUAGGAGUGAGAAGUACAUAAAGUUUUUAGAGUAG